AUGCUAUCCUUCCUCCGCACCCAGCUCGGACAGUCUGGGGGCCAGCCAGUCAAUCGAGACAUCAUCAUCAUCAUCCUGCAUGAUAAUUUACCGUACGGUUUUUUAUUCACCCAACCACGACGCGAAGACUCAGAUGAACUCUGUUCCCUCCGCCCCCCCACCAAAACCACGCGGACAACGGACGAGUGA